AUGUUCUUUAUCUUAGGUUCUGCCUACAAGCUGGUCUGCUACUUUACCAACUGGUCUCAGUACCGUCCGUCUCCCACUGAUUAUUUUCCAAACAAUGUGGACCCAAAUCUCUGCACACACAUUAUAUAUGCAUUCGCUUCCAUGGAAAAUCACAAAAUCGUUCCUUAUGAACAGAAUGAUGAGCAGCUAUACCAGCAGGUUAUUGCACUUAAAAAACAGAAUCCUGAUCUUCUGAUUUUACUGGCCAUUGGAGGAUGGAAUUUUGGAGUACAGAAGUUUACUGCAAUGUCGUCCUCUGCUGUAAAUCGACAGAUAUUCAUUGAAUCAGUUAUCAAUCAUCUUAGAAAGUUUGGUUUUGAUGGUUUGGAUCUGGAUUGGGAAUAUCCAGGCUCUGAAGAAAGAGUAAAUCUUUUUCCCUUGUUUAAGGAACUGCUUGCUGCAUUUGAAAAAGAAGGCGAAGAGAGCAAACGUCCACGUCUUCUGGUAACAGCUGCUGUUUCUGCUGGAAAGGGAACCAUUGAUGAUGCUUAUGAGAUUUCUAAAAUUGGCAAGUUGCUUGAUUUUAUCAGCGUUAUGACGUAUGAUUUCCAUGGUGACUGGGACAGGCAGACUGGUCAUAACAGUCCAUUGCAUAAAGGACAAGCCGACUAUGGGGACAAUGAAUACUUCAACUGUGAAUAUGCAAUGAACUACUGGAAGAAAAAGGGUGCCCCAGCAGAGAAGCUCAUCAUGGGAUUCCCUACCUAUGGUCGUUCUUUCACUUUAUCUGGAUCAAAAACACAAAUAUUGGAGCCCCCAUUGCUGGGGCUGGGUCUCCUGGGCCUUACACUGAAGAGGCUGGAUACUGGGCAUACUUCGAGAUUUGUGCCUUCCUCUCUGGAGCAACAGUGGUGUGGAUGGAUGACCAGAAGGUUCCAUAUGCAUACAAGGGCAACCAGUGGGUUGGAUAUGACACUGUAG